AUGAAGAAUGAAUCAGCAAUAGUAAUUUCAAAUUUCUAAAUUUCUCAAUCAAUAUUACAAUAAUAAGAAAUUAAUGUUCCUUAAUCAAAAAUUGGGUUGUAAAAAAAUAGUGACGAGAAAUAUUUAAAUGAUACUUCACAUUUAACUUCUGAUGAUGAUAGUUACAUUUAAUUAAUAUAAGAUUUCAAAGAAACUUAAUAUACAAAAAUUGUUCAUUUGUGCGCAAAAGUUAAAAUAGCACUUGCUAAUUUUUAUUUUGAGAGUGAUGAUAUUUAAAAAGCAAUUAGUUAUACUGAAAAUGCUAUAAUUUUACUUUAAUUUGAAUAUAGAUUAAAUUUAUGUGACAAAGCUCCAAAUGCAACACUUUCAAAUAAAAGUUAUGCAAUAUAAGUAAAAUGUGUAAAAACUAUAAUAAUGUGUUUGAUUAAUUUAGCUAAAUUUUAUGAAGAAUAAAAUAAAUAUAAAUAAGUAUUAGAAGCAUGUAAGCUUGCUGAAUUUUUUGCGAAUAAAUAUUUAUAAAAAAUAGACUCUAUAAAAAAACAUGUAGCAAGAAUAUGUAUGGAAAUAGGAAAAAGAUAUACUUAAUUUUUAGAAGAAUAAGGAGAGUUCGAAUAUAUUUGUUAAAAAGUAUUAUGGAAAGAGCUUUUGUUAAUUAAAAAUAGAUAAUAAGAAGAAGAAAAAUAUAAAAAAUAAACAGAAAAUAAUACUUCUUAGUUUUUUAGUUAAAUUUUAUAUGAUAAAUUUCAUACAAAAGAUUUAAAUAAAAUGUAAUACAUAACAGUAAGUUAGCGAUAAAAUAUUAAUUUACUUAAAAAUAUUUAGAAAAAACCUUUAAAAGUUUAAUAAACUAAAAAUAUAAACAAAUUGUAAACUAUAGAAGGUAUUAUAUAUAUAAUUAUUAAAAAUAUAUAUAUAUAUAUAAAAAAAGAUCAAGAAGAAAAUUCAUAAAUAAUGCAUUAACCUAUAAAAUAAAACUAAAAUAUAAUUUAAGAAGAUAAUAAAAUAUUUGGAAAAAAAGAUUCAUAAACAAAUUUUUAAUCUAUGAUAACUAAAAAUAAUGAAAAAUUGACUACUUAAUUAUCUAUUUCUAAUGAUUCAUAUAAAACUGCUUCCGAUUUGUCUUUUAUUGGUUUAGAUGCAAGCUUUUUUAAUAAAGAUUCUUCUUUAGAUGAUGAAAAGUUUGAUUCUUCUUUUAAAUCAUCAAAAGAAAAUUCAAUUUAACUGGAUGUAAAAAGACCUGAAAAUGAAUAUAAAACAAAUUUAUCAAUAAAAUAAAAAAAUAAUAUAAACAAUAAUUAAUAAAAAAAUAUAACUAAUCUUUAAUAAGAGACUUUUUCUAAAAUAUUAUAUUCUAAUGAUUUUUAUUUGCCUUACUAAAAUAAAAAUGUACCAAAAAAAUAAGAAAAAUCAUUAAUAGAACAAAGAAUAGAAAAAUUUACGAAAAUACUAAAAAAACCUAGAAAUGCUUAAGAAUUUUAAGUAUAAAAAAAGUACAUAUAUAUGAGAUAAUUUAUUAAAAAAAUAAAUAUAAAAAAGGUAAAAUAUUUAGAUGAAUUCAUGAGAAAAAUAACUGAUGUAAAAGUUAAUAAAGAAAAUAUUAAUUGUAUGGAUGAAGUAAUGAAGAAAUGUAAAAAUGUAAUAAAAAGAUGCGAUAAAGAUAAAAAAGUGAUCGAUUUUGUAAAUAAAAUGGUUACAUAAAAAAAAUUUAAUGAUUUAAAUUCUAAUAUUAAAGAUAAUUAUAAUUAGAUGUAUUUAGAAUAAAAUCUUGAAUUUUAUAAUAAUAUAUAAUUUAUACAAUUAAAAAAUAAUCUAAAAGAAUAAAUACAUUUCAUUAAAGUUUAAAAAAAAUAAAGGAAUGUUAAUUUAGCAAUAAACAAA